CCGGAAGUGAAAGUAUUCUGAAUCAGGAAGUGCUGGGAGUUAACAUGGCUUCGAAAGGACCGGUCGAGAGUUUAACAGAGGAGGCGAUUUGUCCCAUCUGCCUGGAUUUCUUCACCGAUCCGGUUAUACUGGAGUGUGGACACAACUUCUGUCGCUCUUGUAUCACACGGUAUUGGGAAAGGGAGCAGAGAAACUCCUGCCCGGAAUGUAGAGAGGUGUUUGCUGACCGUACCCUCAGGGUGAAUCGGGCCUUAGCAAAUCUGGCUGAAAAAGCUCGAAAUCUAAACCUGAAUCGGAAAGGGAAGGAAAGUGAACGUCACUGCGAGGAACAUGAGGAAGAACUGAAGCUGUUUUGCGAAACGGACAAGACACUGAUCUGUCUGAUCUGUAGAGACGCGCAGGAACACCGAGAGCACCGCUUCAAGCCGAUUAAAGAAGCUGUUAAAAUCUACAAGGAUCAGCUAAAAUCUUCCUUAGACUCUCUCACAAAAAAGAAAUCAGACUUCCAGGAAAAGGAGCAGCAACAGAAAGAGAAGAUUUCCGGAGUUCGGAAACAGUCACACAGCAAUCAGACCCACAUCACAUCCCAGUUUGCUGAACUGCGACAGAUUAUCACUGAGAAAGAGCAGAGCUUACUCAGGGAUCUCAGGGAAGAAGAGAAGAGGAUUCUCAAACCAAUGGAGAAAAAUCUUCUGGCUCUUCAAGAGAAUAUAAGGAUUAUUCAGGAGGAAAUCACUAAGUUAAAGGAACAGAUGGAUCAAAAAGACAGUGUGAUGUUUCUCAAGAAGGAAGCUCAUCGGAACAGGAGAAUCAGUGACAAUGUCCAGGAAUUGUCAGUGACAGAUGAGGCCCUACCGGUUGAAAAAUUCGAUCGCUUCUAUUUGUUGAACACAGUGCUGAGUGAAACACUUGAUGCCAUUAACCGAGUUUCGGAGAAUGAGAGGAGAUCUCAUGGAAACACAAAAUUCUUUCAGGGGUCAACAGGCAGGAGUGAGGGAGGAUGUUUCCCCUGUCCAGCGGAAAACCCUUGUGGAGACAUCUGCUUUUGUCAAAUCAAAGGUUCGUGUCGGCCACCCGACCGCGCCUGA